UGAUAGAAGGAAAGCACAAGCAUCCGGUAGCUGCGUUGCAGAAGUAUUCUUGAUGCAGCCUUAUUCUGCCAUGGAUGAAGACUACCAGAAUGAAGACCACCAGAAUGACAGUGUUUCAGAGGAGCUGUCCCAGACCUGGGAAUGGCACUCCGAACCUGCAGAAACAGAAUCGGUGACUUCAGACCAGGGAUACGAGAAUGCGGAACAGGAAUAUGAGUACAUCAUGAUGCCUGACAUGCGGAUGAGAAGCCUGCCAGAAACGGGAAUGAAAGCAGAGCCAGCACUGUUUUUAUUCAAGGAUGACAAAUUGAGAGAUCUUGGCAGAAAACUCUUCAUCGCCUUCUGUGUUCUGCUGCUCUUGUCGCUGAUAAUGGUGACGGCUGCUCUUGUGCUGGCAUGCCUUAGAUGCUUUUUAGCAUGCCCAUCUGAGUGGCUGGAGUUCCAGCAGAAGUGCUACAACUUCGCCCAAAUAGAACUGAAGUGGGCUGAUGCCAGAAGCAGCUGCCAAGACCAGGGUGCAGAUCUCCUGGUGAUUGACAAUGAAAAGGAACAGGAUUUCCUGGUUUAUAAAAUAUAUGGUGAUUCUGAUACCUGGAUUGGCUUGAAUUACACAGAGACUGAAAGAGAGUGGAAGUGGGUGGAUGGCACAAGUGUAUCCUACAAAAACUGGGACAUAUCAGGAGACAUUCCUCUAAUGAACAGUGAUGGGUACCUUACCCACUGUGCUACUGCAAAGGAAGAUGUGAAAUACAAGUGGAGGAACGCUAUGUGCAAAAAGCGCAAACUGUUCAUUUGUGAAAAGGGCAGGCGCCUGUCCUGUGUCCUGCAGUCCCCACUUUUGCUCCAAUAA